AUGGCUGCCUCCUCCGGUGAUGCCGCCAUGGAGGACCUCCUCGAAGAUCUCUCGCUGCACCACGUCCUGCUGCAAAGUCUCGAGGAAUCACAGCCUGAUGAUAUCGAGAGCAAAGAAGAAUUGAUGGAAGCCAUCAAGAAACUGGAACAGCAGGUGGCGCGCCUGCGUGGAGACCGUCCUCGUUCGUCGUCAGCAGCGCCCUCGAGAUCAUCGCAUGGGCCAUCGCAGCUGGAUGGCCCUUUGGACGAGAGGCCAGCAGACUCGUCCAGCAUCCCAAGAUGGGGCGGGUCGCAGCAGACGUCUAUCGCCAACUCAAGCAAUUCCGCAUCAUCUCAAUCUCGUGGACAUGUGCCCUAUCCAGAUACGUCUCGCUUUUUGCAACCUUUGCCGACACGCAAACGCCAGUAUGAAGAUGUUGAUGCUGGAUAUAUGGGAGAGACUUCGGAGCCAGCCUCAAAGCGGAAUACCCCGAUGUAUCCACGUUCUGUCUCAUCGACUCCGACGGCUUCAAGCGUUUCCUCUGCCGGUUUCGGGGAAGCUGCUAAAUCUAGCGAUGCCUUGGAAGCCAGUAGUGAACUCCAACAGUUACUGGGUCUUGACAGCCUAGAUACCUUUCAUGACAUGCAGCGACACCAGCAGGAGGCAGAGAAGUGGCUCGAACAACGAAGGGAGCAGGAACGUCGGGAUGAAGAACUGGCCAGGAAAUUGCAAGAAGGAUGGGUUGAUGGGCCACAGCACCCAACGGCCUCGAGUUCACCCGCCCCCAGCCAUGCCACGCUUGAUUCCUUAGCAAUGCCCCCUCCGCGCAACCAGAGCCUUGUGGGACAUGACACUCGACGAGAGCUGCCCAGUUUUGGUCCGACAGAUUUCUUCGCCCCAAGGUCGCAUCAAGUUGGUGCUGCUUCUGCGAGCAGACAGCCGAGAGAGUCCAUCGCAAAAGAUGAGACGUUGGCCCGGCGCCCUCCGUCGGCUUCCCAGCUCGACAGUAGCGAUAGUGAUAUUGCAGAGAUAACACCCCGAGACUUCGAACGCAGCGCCAGACAGACAUACCGUCCGCCGCAUUCUUUGCACAACUAUAACUUUCUCAAGAAUUCCGGAAACCAUCCUUCGUACUCGUGGAAUGCCGGACAGCACAGAGAUCCAGGAAUUCUAGGCAGCUCUAAUGGCUAUGUCAAUCCACAGUACGUAUAUGGUGAUAUGAACACAGCUGCUCCUCGGAACAGCAACAGCUGGUAUGGACCUAACGUCCUCCAAAAUACUAUGGCGCGACUCAACGAGACGAAGAAGAAAGUAUUCGACAAUGCAAGCCAAAUGUAUCAUAGCUUCUCAGGCCCUUCCUCGUCCAACAGUUUCGGCCAGUAUUACGGAGAUCUGGUCUCCACUUUUUCAGGCUUUGGCCGCGACGAUGAAUAUGAUUAUCUGAGGGACAGGUAUCGGGACCUGUAUGAUGACAUUUCCUCGGAUCCGAAGAAGACGACAGAAGAAAUCAAGCAGCUAUUGGAGACUAUUAGACCAGACAUGGAACUCGCUAUGUCGGGACAGGAAGGAACUCCGGAAGCUUUGAAAUACCCCUUGAUGGAACACCAAAAACUAGGUCUUGCAUGGAUGAAGUCUAUGGAAGAGAGUGAGCAAAAGGGAGGGAUUCUUGCCGAUGAUAUGGGCUUGGGCAAGACCAUCCAAGCUCUUGCUCUUAUCGUCUCGCGGCCUUCUACCGACCCCGAACGAAAGACAACGCUGAUCAUUGCCCCCGUGGCUCUGAUGCAUCAGUGGAAGCGGGAGAUCGAAAGAAUGCUCAGGCCUGGAAAGUUUCAGCGGUCCAUAUACGUGCUUCACGGUGACAAGCGAGCUGUCAAAUAUAAAGACCUGAAGAAGUACGAUGUCGUUCUCACCACGUUUGGAACAUUAGCUUCUGAAUUCAAGCGCCGAGAAGAGUGGAAGGAGAGAAAACGUCGGAAUGGGAAUAUCUCUCAUGAAACUUAUAGUCUGCCUAUACUCGGACCUGGAAGCAAGUGGUACCGUACAGUCAUCGAUGAGGCCCAAUGUAUCAAGAAUCGGAACACAAAGGCAGCUCUGGCGUCCUGUUGCAUCGACUCGAUCUAUCGAUGGUGCAUGAGCGGUACUCCGAUGAUGAACAAUGUGGGCGAACUGCAUUCUUUGCUCAGGUUUCUCCGUAUCCGCCCUUACUGCGAAUUGGAGAGGUUCAAUGCAGUGUUCACGCGUCCUCUUAAGAGCUCCAUCACCAGCGUCCAGGACAAAGCGAUGCAGCAGCUGCAAGUGCUGUUGAAAGCUGUUCUUCUCCGCCGAACCAAGACUUCAGAGAUUAAUGGCAAGCCCAUUUUGCAGCUGCCGCCACGCAUUACUGAGGAGGUUCAUGCCGUAUUUAGCGACGAUGAACAGGAGCUGUACCAGGCUUUGGAGACAAAGACCCAACUCCAGUUCAACAAGUAUCUCAAAGCAGGAAGCGUCGGUCGCAAUUACUCCAACGUUCUUGUGCUGCUUCUCCGACUGCGGCAAGCUUGCUGCCAUCCACAUCUACUUAGCGAUUUCAGCGUGGAUGUCAACGCGAGCACGGGAGAACUCGACCUUAUCGCUAACGCCAAGGUGUUCAGUCAGGAAGUCGUGAUCAGACUAAAGGAGAAUGACAAUCUGGAAUGUCCGGUGUGCAUCGACGCAGUUGAGAAUCCAAUCAUUUUCUUCCCUUGUGGACACAGCACAUGCGCUGAGUGCUUCGCGAGGAUUUCUGACCCAGCUUUAGCUGUGCGGCUGGGUCACGACGGGUCUGUUGAAGUCAAAUGUCCAAACUGCCGUGCCAAGGUCGAUCCGAAGAAAGUCACAGACCAUGUCUCCUUCAGAAAGGUUCACUAUCCGGAGGAGGGAGGUGAAACCGCUGAAGGUGAAGCCCAGGGGAAUGAUAAUGUGGAAGAAGAAGACACUGAUAGCGACGAUGAUAGUGAUGAGGAUGAUAAUGGCAGUCUUUCUCGCUUCAUCGUUGACGAUGAAGAGUACAGUGAGGGCAAUUCGAAAACGAAGAAAACCAAGGGUAAAGGUAAAGCGAAGCGUGCUCGCGGACAAAAACGAACCUUGGCAGAGCUCAAGAAAGAAGGCAUGAAGAAUGCCAAAGCGAAGCGCAAGUACCUUCGCCGUCUCGAGAAAACCUGGGUGACUAGCGCAAAGAUCGAAAAGACCAUGGAAAUCUUGGAGCAGACGGAGAGCCGCAGCGAAGGAGAAAAGACGAUCAUCUUCAGUCAGUUCACUUCGCUUCUUGACCUGCUUGAAGUCCCGAUCAUGCGUAAGGGAUGGCGAUACCACCGCUACGACGGUAGCAUGAAACCAGCUGAACGCAACAGUGCGGUCAUUGACUUCACCGACAACCCAGACUGCAGGGUACUGUUGGUCUCCCUGAAAGCUGGCAACUCUGGUCUCAACCUUGUGGCAGCCUCUCAGGUUAUCAUCUUCGACCCGUUCUGGAACCCGUAUAUUGAAGAGCAGGCGAUCGACCGCGCACACCGUAUCGGUCAAAUGCGCGAAGUGCGCGUCCAUCGCGUGCUCGUCAAGAACACGGUCGAGGACCGCAUUAUCGCGCUUCAGGAGAAGAAGCGAGAGCUCAUUGAGGGUGCUCUUGAUGAGAACGCGAGCAAGAACGUAUCUCGACUCGGAACAAGAGAGUUAGCGUACCUCUUUGGCAUCCAAACCUAA